AGCUUGGACAUUUUGUCGCCAUCAUAGCGACGAGGUUGUGAUCGGGUGGAUCGCGACAUAAAUCGUCGUUUACGGCGACAGGGAGGCACAUCUCUCCCUCAAAAGUGUACUCUUGUGUGGAAUCUUUAACACCUUAGUUUCGCAUACAAAAAUCUGGUAUCGCCUUUCUGGAGGUUUUAUACUUUGGAACUGUCGAAGAUGGCUUAUUGAAAAGAUGAAGGGCCUGCACCAAAGCUACGUUUCUCCACAAGGAGGAGACCAUAUCUCUGCCAACUACAAUACACUUGGUCGUAACUACGGUCGAUUCAACGAUGGAAAAGAAAUCACGAUUACCGCAGUCGUCCUCCAAGGGGACGACUGGUGAUGCUAAAAAGAACCAAGAUAUCGUAAACACCAAACUAUUUCCGAGAAGCUCACGAAAGCGCGAACCAAUAGGAACCACAAAUUUGCCGAAAAAUGAACAAUCUCGAAAAUCCUAUGUACCAAAAGGAAAAAGUCAUGAUAAGAGACCAAAACCUAAAGGACAGUAUCAUGGCAGUCCAAAGGAGGAUACCAAGGUAGAGGAAAAAGAUGUUGCCGAGUAUGGCUCGGUCAUGGUCCAAGGAAGUAGGAAGCAGAAUUUGAAUCAUCUGUUGAAUUUUCACUACGAGCCGCGGGAUAUACGCGGCGUGUCAAACACACGGAAUCUGGGCAGAUUCAUCAACAAGUAUAAUCAAAAUAGCAAUCGUUGGCUUCCACCCGUGCAACGGCGUAAAUACAACACGGAACAGUUUUUACAAGCCAACUGCCAGUUUGUUGUGAAAAGUGACGGUGAUUAUACAGCUUAUCUCGCUGAUCCUGAUACCCUGGUUCAAUGGAAUUUGAUUGAACAAAUUAGAGUCCACAGCUCGGAGAUCUUAUCUUGUCCAAUUUGUUUAUGUAUGCCUGUUGCUGGCAAGAUGACUCGCUGUGGUCAUGUAUACUGUUUGGCAUGUAUUCUCCACUAUUUAGCAAUAUCGGAUAAGCCUUUGUGUCCCAUUUGCGGAAAAUACAUUGACAAAUCUGACUUAAAAAGCUUUGUACAAAUUACACAAAAAGUAUGGAAUGUUGACGAUACUGUAACUUUGCGUUUGAUGCGUCGUGAAAGAGGAUCAUUGCUUGCAAUUCCUGUAGGAGAUUCUUUUCAAGCGGCUUCCCCAACCACAUUUUUCACAUUGCUCCAAGAUGACCCUAAUAUUAUUUACUCAAAGUUGUUGCUUGCCGACUUCAAUAAGAUUAUAGACAUCAUAGAGUGUGAACGUGUUCAGCUCCAGCUUGAACUAGCAGAAGAUGCUGAGUCUUCAGAAAAUUACUACAUUGAACAAGCUCUCAGGGAAUUGGCUACAAGAGAACAGGAGCUUUUUGCGAAGGCAACAUACUGUAGUUUGGAUCGCGAAGCUGCAGAGAAUAAGAUAAAAGAGGAUGUCAAGGAAAGUCAAUCAAAAAGUAAGGUAGAAGUUGAAGAAAAAGAAUCUGAAUCGAGUAAAGAUUCGGCUUGUGAGUCCGGAGAAAUUCUCGUACCAUGUGCUCACAAUUCCAUCUCCAAACGUCAAACUUUGACUGCUUUGCCGAAGUUUUUUUACUUCUACCAAGCGGAUGAUGGGCAGCACAUUUACCUGCAUGCGAUGAAUGUUAAAAUGCUGGAGCUGCAAUACGGUAGUUUGGAAAAUAGCCCUUCCACUGUAACAGGAAAGUUGUUGGAAAAAGAAACUUGUAGUAUGACUGAAGAGCUGAGACGCAGAUUACGUUACCUUUACCACCUGCCCCUAACUUGCCAAUUUGGGAUUGCUGAGAUUCAACUAAAGCCUCCCAUAAUAUCGAGAGCAAAUCUUUCGGUUUUCAAUGCGCAACUUGUGACACGUAAGAAUCGACGACUGCGUCGUGAACGUGAUGAACAGUACAGGGAGAAAAGGAUCAUGGAAGAAGAAAACAAGCGCAUUGGAAAGUACCCGACUCCGAAUGUGCAUAUUGAGUCUCACCGUCAUUUUCCUCGAUGGCAAUCAGAUUCACCAUCUGUAGAGUUGAAUAUUCCAUCUUCACCGGAAUCCGUAGUGUCCAGCGUAGCAAGCAGUCCAACAAUGCAAUCUUUGAACAUGGAUUUGGCAACUGCAGAUUCCCGUGACAGUGGACCAUCUUUUGCAGAGAUGUUACGUACUACUGGAUCACAAGGUUCAUCGAAAAUCAAUGUGCCUGCAUCGUCAGCCUGUAAUUGGCCUCAGCAAAGAGGUGCUGCACUCACAUCAAUUUCAGACAGUGAAGAGGUUGAAGGGUAUGCUCCAGCUCCAUCCUACAGUCAAAGCUUUAGCGAUGCUUUGGCAACAGCUUUAGAACACACAGAGCUACAGCCUACAGGAAGCAGCGAAAGUCAUGACAGUGCUUCUGGAAAGAAACAGAAAAAGAAAAAGAAAGGAAAAGCAACAGUCCUCUUCGCUACAAACAUGGCUCGUGCAUCAUAGAUGCAACUGUGCAAUUUAAUUGCCUAUUCUUCUUGACGGUCUUUCCCUGGCAUUGUUUUGCCAUUAUGGCGGAUUAUCGAUCUUGGUUCAAAUACAUGUAUAUUAUUUUCAAAAAUCAUGGCAUCAAUAUACCUAAUUUUUAUUUAAGUAACAUGUAAAAAUGGACGAAUAUUUGAUGUAACUAUUGUGUCCACAUAAAUAUGAUUAAUUUUGGUUUGGA